AGAAGAUAAGAUAUAAAUAAAUAAAAAGCUUUAUAUAAAUAGUAAACUAAAACACGGAUUAAAACGUAAGAUCCCCCAUAAUCCUCUCGGUCUUUCUUCUUUCCAUAAUAAAAAUCAAAAACAAAAUUACACAUCUCUCUAUCGAACUUGUUGUAUAUACGCAAAAACCUAUGUACGGAGGAGCUUUUAUUACAGAUUAAAGUGUUUUGGCUUUUUGUGUUGUGUGUUUGUGCGGAUGACUCGUCGGUGUUCGCAUUGUAGCUACAAUGGGCAUAACUCCCGCACGUGCCCGACUCGUGGGGGUGGUGGCGGCACGUGCGGUGGAAACGGAGGAGGAUCUGCUUCUUCCUCCUCCUCUGCUGCCGUGAAGCUGUUCGGCGUGAGGUUAACGGAUGGGUCGAUUAUCAAGAAGAGUGCGAGUAUGGGUAACCUCUCUGCAUUGGCCGUGCACCACCGUUUGUCUCCUUUGGCGACGGGUAAUCAUAACGACUCGCCGUUGUCGGAUCAUGGGAGGUACUCUAGUCAAGAGAACGGAGGGUAUUUGUCGGAUGAUCCAGGUCAUGGUUCUGGGUCUAUCCACCACCGUCGUGUGGAGAGGAAGAGAGGCGUUCCUUGGACGGAGGAGGAGCACAGGCUAUUCUUAGUGGGUCUUCAGAAGCUAGGAAAAGGAGAUUGGCGUGGUAUUUCAAGAAAUUAUGUAACUUCAAGAACUCCAACACAAGUGGCUAGUCAUGCUCAAAAGUAUUUCAUCCGCCAUACUUGUUCCACCCGCAGGAAAAGACGUUCUAGCCUCUUCGACAUGGUUACCGAUGAAAUGGUAACCGAUCCAUCGCCAACGCAGGAAGACCAAACCUUAAUCAAGGAGCCUGAAAACAAAACCUACCUUCCUUCACUUGAGCUCAAACUCAACAAUGCUACAGAAUCUGAAGUGGUGCCACCAGUGGAGCAACCUGAGGAAGUCAUAGAGCCACCAAACGCUAUUUCACCAAUGCUAGUCCCAGGCAGCUUCUUUCCUCCUUGCUUUCCAGUCACUUACACGAUUUGGCUCCCUGCGACUUCCUCUUCACUUCAAGGAACAGAUCACACCUUAGAAGUCUCAGCUUCUUCUCAGCAGCAUCAGGUCCUAAAACCAAAACCUGGUUUUGCUAAAGAACGGGCCAACAUGGACGAGCUGGUCGGUCUGUCUCAGCUUAGCAUAGGAAUGGAGACAAGUCAUGAAACCGAGACUCCCAUGUCUCUGAAACUAAUAGGAGAGCCGUCAAGGCCAUCUGCGUUUCACUCGAAUGGCUCAGUUAGUGGCUCGGGUUUGAGCAAAGGCAGCAGCGCGAUUCAGGCGACCUGAAAAAAAAAUAUACUUGUUGGUGAUUCAAGAAACGAAGAUGUGGAAGGUCCUGGCCGGAUUAAACCAGAGGAUGUUCUUGGUUUUAGGAGGAAACAAACCAAGACAAGCGCUUAGAGACCAACAGUACUUUACAAAGAAAGAACAUAUCAAACUGUAACAAUAGAUUUACCAAAGAGUUAAACACGUUACCCAGCA